CCAUAAAGCGGCCGCCCGGCCGGCCCUGCCCAUCCCGUCGCAGGGCGCCAUGCAGGCCGUGCCCCGGCGCGGCGGUUCUCUGGAGGGGGCGCCGUGCCCGCGGGAGGCCGGCGGGCAGCUAAGUAAGUCCAACUACAUGAUGAUUGAAGAUAAUAAAGAGAACAAAGACCAUGUGCCUGAAAGGGGAAGAACUGCCAUCAUUUUUUCCUUGAAGAAUGAAGUCGGAGGACUUGUAAAAGCUCUAAAACUCUUUCAGGAGAAGCAUGUGAACCUGGUGCACAUUGAGUCACGGAAAUCCAAGAGACGAAAUUCAGAGUUUGAAAUCUUUGUUGAUUGUGACAGUAAUAGAGAGCAGCUGAAUGAGAUCUUCCAGCUCCUCAAAUCCCACGUCAGCAUCGUCUCUAUGAACCCAGCAGAGCAUUUCAAUGUGCAGGAAGAUGAGAUGGAGAACAUUCCCUGGUAUCCAAAGAAGAUCUCAGAUUUGGAUAAGUGUGCAAACCGAGUGCUGAUGUAUGGGUCCGAUUUGGAUGCUGACCAUCCAGGUUUCAAAGACAAUGUCUAUCGUAAGAGGCGAAAGUAUUUUGCAGACUUGGCUAUGAACUACAAGCAUGGUGACCCAAUUCCCAAGAUUGAAUUCACAGAGGAGGAGAUCAAGACUUGGGGGACCGUAUACCGAGAGCUUAACAAGCUUUACCCAACUCAUGCCUGCAGAGAGUACCUUAAAAACUUGCCCUUGCUCACCAAAUACUGUGGGUACAGGGAAGACAAUAUUCCCCAGCUGGAAGAUGUGUCCCGCUUCCUGAAAGGUAGGGUAUUAAGUGAUACCUGCCAUGAGCUCCUAGGCCAUGUCCCUCUUUUGGCUGAACCCAGUUUUGCUCAGUUCUCCCAGGAAAUUGGUCUUGCAUCGCUUGGGGCAUCAGAUGAGGCUGUCCAAAAACUGGCAACAUGCUACUUUUUCACUGUAGAGUUUGGCCUGUGCAAGCAAGAGGGACAGCUAAGAGUUUAUGGGGCUGGCUUGCUCUCUUCUAUUAGUGAGCUCAAGCACUCGCUCUCUGGCAGUGCCAAAGUCAAGCCUUUCGAUCCAAAGGUCACCUGCAAGCAAGAAUGCCUCAUUACAACUUUCCAGGAGGUUUACUUUGUUUCUGAAAGCUUUGAAGAAGCAAAGGAAAAGAUGAGAGAGUUUGCAAAAACCAUCAAACGUCCAUUUGGUGUGAAGUACAAUCCAUACACUCAAAGUGUGCAGAUCCUGAAAGACACCAAGAGCAUUGCCAGUGUGGUGAACGACCUACGUCAUGAGCUGGACAUUGUUAGCGAUGCCCUCAGCAAGAUGGGCAAGCAGCUGGAAGUUUAACAUUCCCAUCAUCCGCGUUGUGCACUCAGCAACUCUUUUCUUUUCCCCACUUGUCUCUUUCUAGGCAUGUAACAUCUUGUAUGCAGAACUUUACUAAUGGAAGAGUGAAUAGCCCAUAAAGAUAAUCACUUUAACUCACUUUAACUUAUUUUUCUGUUUAAAGUCCCUUACAGAAUGUAUUUCCUUCACCUCCUUUCCCUGCGGGUAAACAAGUCCUGGAGUUGCCUUGGAGAAGCUAGCAGAGGAAAAGAAAAAUUACUAGGCUGGAGCAAAACUGUGGUCUGUGGAUCAGGGCGAGGAUCAGAUGCUUCAGAGAGUGGCUUAUGAGGCAAUUAUAGAACAAUUUGGCACAGGGAAAUGUCUUUCUGAUGCUAGUAGUCUGUGCUGCUAAUUUUACAGUAGUGUAGACCUUGUAACAUAGAAGCUAUAGUAACCAGUGCUUCUAAGUCUGUGCUAUUAAGUUUAAAUAUUCAGAUUUAGAACUUGAAUGAUUACAGCUCAGGUACCAGGACACAAAUAUCUGGAAGUUCAUUAUGACAAAAUGGAGGGAUCAUAUCUCCUUUUCAUAGGGAUCAUUCUUGCUCCCAAAGAAUUGCAACUGUACUGACUGGUGUGUUUGUAGUAAAAGGCAGAGGUACAGAGCUGUUAUAUGAAAGCCUAACUGAUUAUUUCAAGAUAUUUUCUGUCACCUCAAAGAGUUUGGACUUUUGUUGCUGUCUACCUGAGGGAAGAUGCUAAGGAAAUAUCAUUUGCCCUUUUCCUCACUGAAUAAGUUUAGCCAGGAUUAUAGCAAGCCAUCAGGUUCUGACUUAGCACAAAGCCUAAAACCAUUUCAAAAUUACUGUCCUAUAUCCAAAGUAGUUUCACAGGACUAAGAGAAGUCCAGUGCUGAAGUAACACCAGAAUUUAAAAUAAGAGCCAAAGUUUGUAGUCUCGUAAACAUCCCAUUGAUUGCUCAGCCCCUUUAUUGACCUUGCAAACUGCAUGAAGAUAGAUUUAGCUUCUUCCUUGCUAGGCCUGAACACCUAUAUUCCCCAUCAAGCAAAUAAAUGAAAGGUAGAAAUAUUUGAUAGAAAUCUCCAUGCCUGGAGGUGUUCAAAGCCAGGUUGGAUGGGACCCUGGGCAUUCCAAUCUGGUGGGUGGUGACUCUGUGCACAGCAGGGGAUUAACACUGGGUGGUCUUCAAGGUACCUUCCAACCCAAGCCAUUCUGUGACUGUGAUCUUGUGGCUAUAAACACAAAUAUAUAUACUUUCAGCUAUGAGAUUUUAUUCCAAAGAGCUCUUUACGAAUGUUGGGAAGCAGUGGCCUGCUGAAUUGUCUGUAUAGCUUAGCAGUAAACUUGCCUGAUUUCAGGGCUGCAUAUUUCCAAGCAUCCUGUAUAGCUGUAUGGAGCUGUGCUGUCUGCCAUUGCUGCCAACCCUGCCUAUGAAGUUACUUUAUGUAUGUAGAGGGUGUAAUAAAUUUGAAUUGAUGACUUGUGAAGUGCAGGGUAUAUUUAAUAGCAUGCUAGAUCCUGGUUCUCCGCAUCUUGUUCUUACCAGAAAAUCCAGCUUGCAACUGUGGAGGUCGCUGGAAAAAUGAACUGGAAUCAUAAAUACAAUGGUCUAAGUCAUUUGGGAAUUGGAAAGGACUUUCAAGAACCUCUGUUCUUGGCACUCCCCUUGUUUCAUAUGCCUUCCCAUAGGCUGCAACUGCUUUGUAAGCUGUCUUUCCAAAUACAUUCACUAUUAAAUCCAGUCUAGAUAAUUCACCUAUGACUUUAUUAAUCCACCAUUGCUAUUAUUUUUUUCUAAGAACAUUUUGGAUGCAUGAAAAUGUGGUCUAUGGCUUACGUUACACUUUUAAGUAGAUGUUAGGAGCUUCCUCUUUCUGAAGAAGAAACCUUCUGCUUGGAGUAGCAAGGGAGGAUGUAUAGUCUGCUUCUGUGCUAACAAUGAACAUUCAGCUGCAUUUUAGAAAAUGAUAGGAUUGUUAUGGUGUUGGAAUUCGGGUUUGUGUUACUUGAAAUCUUUGAGCUACACUGUGACUGGCAGACCUCACACCUGCUGCAUUGGCACCAGGUAUUGCUGGGGAAAAAAUCAAACAGAAAUGGUGUCUUUAUUUGCAUCGGUGUGACAAAACAUGGAAGCAAUCCGCUGUCAGGAAUGUAGAAAAGGUGCAUUUUCACACUGUUAACAACACGUACCUUCAGCUUCACACAUCCAAUCCUUCUGGCUAGGUAGAGUAUUAAUAAUUUACAUAUUUCAACCUGUUGUGGAGGCUUUAAAUGUCAACUAAGUAAACCUGUACCGUCCCUGCUGGUAAUUGGUAGAAGCAGGUAGAAUUUUCCUUCACCACUUCAGCAAUAAACACAAACCGCUCUGA